AGCUGUUCCAUCACAACAAAACUCACGCACAACCACCACCCCAAAAAGCAGCAGCAGCAGCAGGCCAGAUUUUGGUUUCCUUUUUCCUGUCGUUCCAGUGCCCAUCAAAAGCUGUCAAAGUGGAGCCGUUUGGCGUUUCAGACAUGAUCAAAUUCCUGCUGACUUUCGGCGCCGGUGUUUACACCGGUAUAUACGUCACCCAAAAUUUUGAGGUUCCCCGGGUGGACGAACCGGCCAAGCUAUGGGAGAAAACAUCCGAAAAGGUGAAAGACUUUUUGGACCAGCAUAAAAAGCCCUGAAGCCCCGGCGAAAGACGACACCCUCAGAAUAUAGUGGCUUCUCCUGUUUUUCUUUCGCGACUUAAGAGCAAGGCAGCAGCUCUUCAAGGGAGUGUUCUUUUUCGUUUUACCUCAUCAAACAAAAACGCCUGAAUCUUGUUUCCAAACCACACUUUGUUUGCUCCGAACGCGCGUCCAACGUAAUUAUGUUGAGAGAUGAAAUAAUAUAAAUUAUUUUCUUU